AUGCAGCUCCUUUCGAUUGUAAGCGCAAUGGCCCUUGUGCCAGCAGUAUUCUCUGCUCCCGGAUCGGAUUUCAAGAGAAACGAGCUUAAAUCUCGAGAUAGUGACCGUGGAAGCUACACAGUUUCUGGGCUUGGGGCUCGCAAGCAAGCUGUUUUGAGUGCUGGUGGGAACACUCUUGACAUCGCCAUCGCGAUGCUAGAGACGGAGACAAUGACCACCGAUUAUACAUACGGUGACGGGAAGACGGGAGACUCCACCAAUUUUGGCAUAUUCAAACAGAAUUGGUUCAUGUUGCGUACAUCGGCCUCAGAGUUCUUGGGAGAAACCACAAGCCAGGUUGCUGAUGGUGCUAUUCUCAAUUCCGAUCUCACAAAGGAUGUCACAGCCCGUCACGAUAGCCAGAAUCAUUAUGGCUACGAUGUUUGGUUCGCGGGACACCGUGACGGAGAAUCGGGCAUCCAAGAUCCCAAUACGGCAGAUAUUACAGCUUACAAAGAGGCUGUGGAGUGGAUCCAGCAACAGGUCGACAGUAAUGCGGUGUAUCAGACUGAUGAUACCCGUUUCUGGGUUGAUAUUCAAGCUAUUUAG